UUAAUUAAACUGUGUAUUUAUAAUAAAUAUAAAAAUGUUGCAGGCACAAUGGAUAUACCCUACUAGCUCACUAUACCAGCCCCGGCCUGUAUAUCCAAUAAAUCCGGUUUAUCCCCAUAAGACUACAACAUACCCAAAGCAAGAGCAGCAUGAUUCAUGUAGCACGACACUUGAUGACCUCUACUUAUUACUGGAACUUGCAAAAAUACUUGAAGAAGAUGAAAAGGAGAGCCCCAACCCUCCACCGCAUAGUGGACUCAGCGAAGAAAUCAUAAUGAAGCUAGUUAAUGCUUUAAUAUACACGGCUACGCAGAACUGUGGCCCACAACGUACUGAUACAAACUGUUACUGUUCUAAAUGUGGUGGAAAAUGUAGGUGUGGUGCUGUAUCAGGUGGAAAUGGUGGUACCGUGGGUCAAGGUGGUGGGGCAAGUACGAGUGGACUUGGCGUAGGGUUAGGGCUUGAUGUGGACCUAGGUGGGGUAGGUUCUCUAGUAGGAAACGUACUCGGCAAUGAUGGUUCAAGGAGAGCUUCGGAUAGAUCCAACGGUCUAGGUGUAGGUUUAGAACUAGAUGUUGGACUAGGUAAUACUGAGUAUUCAGCAGGAAAUGUAGUCAGUGGCAGUGGUAGAGGUGACCAUGGAGGGUAUACGAGCGGACAUGUCUAUCAAGCAGGAGGAAGAGGGGGCAGUAGCGGCAGGAGUACGGGAUAUUCGGGAUAUUCAGGAUAUUCGGGCGCAACUAGUAGUGGGGGAAGCGGUGGACUCGUCGGUGGAGUCGGCGGACUUGUGAAUGGAGUCGGCGGAGUAUUGGAUGGAGUCGGAGGACUUGUGAAUGGAGUCGGCGGAGCUUUAGAUGGAGUAGGAGAUCUUGUCGGUGGAGUCGGUGGAGCUUUAGAUGGAGGAUCGUAUUCAGGAUAUUCGGGCGCAACUAAUAGUGGCGGACACGGUAAACAUGUGGGAGGAGGCGAUGGGCUUGUCGGUGGAGUCGGCGGACUUGUGAAUGGAGUCGGCGGAGUAUUGGAUGGAGUCGGAGGACUUGUGAAUGGAGUCAGCGGAGCUUUAGAUGGAGUAGGAGAUCUUGUCGGUGGAGUCGGUGGAGCUUUAGAUGGAGGAUCGUAUUCAGGAUAUUCGGGCGCAACUAAUAGUGGUGGACACGGUAAACAUGUGGGGGGAGGCGAUGGGCUUGUUGGUGGAGUCGGCGGACUUGUGAAUGGAGUCGGCGGAGUUUUGGAUGGAGUCGGAGGACUUGUGAAUGGAGUCGGCGGAGCUUUAGAUGGAGUUGGUGGACUUGUGGGUGGAGUUGGCGGAGCUUUGGAUGGAGUCGGAAAUGUUGUGGGUGGAGUUUUGAAUUGAGUCGUGUAACUAUUUGGAGGCUUAGGAAAAGAUGAUGUUCUAGCUAGAUUGCCGGUAUAUAUGGUAUUUUAAGGGGAUAAGUUGUUUACUUAUGUAAUAUUCAUUGGUAAUAUUAAAGAUUAAUUUGUAAUAUAACUUUUUUAUGUUUAUUUAUUUACACGUAUCACAUGUACAAACAAAUGUAAUACUGUAAAUUAAUUUUAAUGGAGACCAAAUAAAUGUCCUUAAUGUUAGAAAAACUAUUUUAUUUGACACUGGUGUGUCGUACAUAUGUAUCGAUGCUGGUAUGGCACUGUUCGAACUUGAGUGACCAUAAACACAAGCGUGAAAUUAAUUUAAUUAUAUUAUUAACUUAAACAUCCCUCAUGUUUAAGUCGGUCUGGCUGGCAUGUAAGAAAUCCAAAUCCGAAGUAAUUAUUCAAAUCCAUAUUUUGCAAAGAACGAGUAAAUUGAUUGAACAAUAGUAAUUUUUCCACAUCUUUAUUUUAAAUA